AUUUUGCCAAAGAUCUACAAGGGAGAUCGCGGCAGAAGCGAGUGGAAAUUUUUCGAAAAGAACCUUAAAAAAUCGCUACUGUUGGGGCUUUUAUCCUGAUGGGUCAGUCAUAAGCUGAGGUGCGGAUGACUGUCACUACCAGAGCAUCAUCAGUAGGAUUUUGGUUUGAUUGAAAUGGAUUGACCAGCAGUCGCUUGAAAGGUGAUCUAGCCCGACUGAACCAUGGCUGCCAACCAGCCCAAAUCCCAAAGUCAGGUACCCACACUCCCACCCACUAUUCUCAUAGUGCCCAAAGUGAGCAUUCAGCAGGAUAAAGCCCAGGCUGGUGCCAGCCCCCAGCAAGAGGGCGCAUCACAGAACCCCGCAGCAACGCAGGGUGUCCAGACAGCGUCGGGCUUGCCGUCUGGACAGCAGGUAGUGCUCAAUCUACAGCAGGCCCAGCUGAGCCAGAAUGCCAACCUGUCCCUGGGGAGCAACAUCACCCUGACCGUGCAGCCCGCUCAGCAGCAGCAGCAGCAGCAGACGAGGCCGGCCAGUGUGGGUGCAACUGUGUCCCAGCUGGCGGGCCCACAGGUGAAACUGGAGGGCCGGAAACAAGAUUCCGCCAAGCGUCCCAACAAGGUGGGGGCAUUCCUCAAGCCCCCCGCCAAGCAGCCUAUGCAGGUCCCCCAGCGAGUGUACCGAAGGUCUGUAGCAGCAAUACACAUGAAACAGAUGCAGCAGAUUGAGAAACGGGCACAGACGGGUGCCGUCGCUCAGCCAGUCAAAUUGCCUGGGCUGUUGCCGCCAAACUCACAACCGGGUCACAUCUCAGCCAUUUUGGUGAACACAAAGCAGUUGCAGGGAAGCAGUGCCAACAGCAUUACCAUCACAUCUGGAAACCAAGUGGUGGCCACCAUGGGAAAGUCCAGCACAGGCAGCCCAACCUCCAGUACCAAGAGCCAGCCGGUGCUGGUGCAGACGGCCAUGUCACCCAAGAUCAUCGUCCAAGCCGCCCCAACAGGCACUGCACACCAGACGGGGCCAGGCAAACCCGUCAUGUUCACCGGAGGGCAGAGAUUCACAAUAGUUCCCAACACCCAGGGGAACCUGUUGUCGCCAACAUCUGUCGGACCUACGACGGCUGCUACCGCUGCCACAUGUGCCACUGGAGGUGGUGCCAGGACCGUCUCCCCGACAGUUGCUCAGUUGGCACGGCAGCAGCGAUUACAAAAAGCGCUGGCAGCACAACAACAGCAACAUCUCAUUGCACCGAAUCCGAUCAGUCAAAGGCCUAUCGCCCUCAAGCAAACAGCGACCAGUCCCGUUCAGAUAUCCCCCUCUGUGUCUGUUGCACCAACACAGAUGCAAGCAGUAGCAACUUCAGCGUCAACUUCAACUGUGGGCCAGAUUCAGUUCACCCCCAGGAUCCCACUAGCCAUAACCACCCAAGCCCAGCAACUGCAGCAGCAACAGAUCCAGGCACUGACUCCGAAAUCCAAGAUCACACUCGGCCAGGUUGGGGCCAUCUCCACCGUCCAUCAUCGCACGGCCACUACAACCCCUUCGACCAACACAGAUUCGGCAGCCGGCACAAUUGCACCAGGAAGUAACAUCGUGGCUCCUCAUCAGGCGCCGUUGACCAUCAUACCAAAACAGAUGCUGACUGGCACCGGUCAAUUCAUCCUAGCAUCGGGCAUCCAGGUGCCGUCCAGUCUGCAGGGAACCUUCAGCCUCCAGACAGUCAGCACACCACUGUCGACUGUCCAGGCCAAGCUGAUCCAGACACCAGUGCAAGGGGGCAGCUCCACUCAGGCCAGUGUCCAGACAAACAUCAUGCUGCAGGCUCUGCCCAAAUACUCCCAAGCACAGCUGAAAGCAGGAAGCAGUCCCGCAAGUCAAGUUCCAACCACAGUGGACCAGGGUUCCACGUCAACUUCCACCGUGCAACCUCACCUCAUACAAACAUGUGGUGAAAAGGCAACCAUUGGGUUGAUUCAGGUGAACCUGUCCCAACCUCAGCAGUCCCUGGCCACCGUCAACACCCUCAGCCAGCCCAUCGUCCGGGCCACGGUCCAGGCCCCGAUCCCCCAGUCGCAGGCCGAGGGCUCGGUGGCCUACCGGCCCCAGCUGCUUCAGGUGACGGGACUGCCCAACCAGCAAUUCCUGCAGGUCGUGCCGCCACAGCAGCAGCAGCAGGCCAUUCUGCCCAUGCCCUCCAGCCCUCAAGUCUCACAGGCAGCAGUGUCUGUGCCGGUGCCAAUCGCUCCCAAGAUUGCCUCGCCCAAACUCAGCUUGCCCCAUCCAAUACUCACCCCGAUCACGGCGGAAGCCGACAAGCCCGCAUCCAGAGACCCCAUGUCAAGCAUCGAUGAGGCUCUCAAGUACAAAAUGCCUUACCCUCAAGCAGCAGUCCCUCAACGAAAGCGAAGACACUCCGAGAUAGAAGAAGGUGAAGAGGAGAAGGAAGAGACGAAGAAGGAGGACGCCAGUAAGGAAGCUACACAGGACGAAGACAACAUUGAGUUCACAUGGGAAGAUUACCUGGAAAUAACCGGAUCCAAACCUGCCCCACACACUGCCUUUAAACAUGUGGAGGCCAGCAUACAGUCGGGCGUGUCGGUGGGCAUGAAAGUGGAGGUACAGAACAAGCCGAGCGCCUUCGUGCCUUACAAGUCCUACUGGGUGGCCAGCGUGGUCACGGCCUGCGGCAGCCUGCUCCUGCUGCGCUACGGCGGCUACAGCAAUGACCGCUCCAGGGACUUCUGGGUGGACAUGGCCACAGGGGAGCUCCAUCCCAUCGGCUGGUGUGCAAGGAACGGCCGUAGUCUCCGACCACCUGACGAAUUGCUCAAUAAAGGCUCAAGAAACUGGGAGGAAUUUCUGGUAACUUACCUGACUGGGGCCAAGAGCAUUCCUGAGUAUGUACUUUAUAUCAGAAAGGUGUCCAGCCCGACCCCGGUGGACCGCAUCAAGAAGGGCAUGCGUGUGGAGGUCCAGGACGAGUUGAACCCCCGCCAUGCCUGGAUCGCUGUCAUCAAAGAGACCUAUGGCGGCCGGCUCAGGUUGCGCUACGCCGGCAUUGAGGACAAUGCUGACGACUUCUGGCUCUUCUACCUGCAUUGGCGGGUGCAUCCCAUUGGCUGGGCCAAAGAGAAGCUGGUCUUCAUGAAGCCCCCUGCAGUGUUGAGAAAGAGAAUACCCAACAAUACCGAGGCAGCCUGGAACACCACCUACCAGUAUGCCCUCUCAGCAGCCCUGAAAGAAGCUGCGUUUCCUAAAGAGUUCUUCAAGGACCAGCCAAAGAUCCGCUGUCAUCGCUUCAGGAAGGGGAUGAAGCUAGAAGCCGUCAACCCCAAGGUGCCCUCCCAGAUCUGCCCAGCCACUGUCUCAGAGUGGCUGAACGACAAGUCCUUCCUGGUGAGCAUCGACAACCUGACUGAUGAAAGGAACAAGACCACCUUCAUGUGCAAUGCCGACUCAGGCGGGAUCUUCCCUGUCAGCUGGUGCGAGAAGCACGGCUAUGCGCUCACACCCCCAAAAGGUUACGAGGAGCCCCACUUUCAGUGGAAUUCAUACCUAAAACAGUGCGACACAAAACCAGCUCCCAAAGAGCUGUUUAGAAUCUAUUCCCGAGAUCACGAGUUCCGCCCCUUCAUGAAGCUGGAGGCGGUCAACCCAUUCUGUCCCUCAGAGAUAUGCGUGGCUACCAUCACCAAGGUGGUCAACCGCCACAUGUGGGUCCACUUUGACAACAGCAAGCUGCCCAAUCUGGUGGUGGACUCGGAGUCCUACGACAUCUUCCCCGUGGGCUGGUGCGACAGCAACGGAUACGUCCUCAAGGCACCCAAGAAACUCAUCGCUCGGAAGGCCAAAAAGGUGGCCAUCGUGUGGCCUGAAAAACACAGUCCUCAGCCGUCGAUUUCACCCAUGAGUCCUGGCAGAGACUUGUACCAGAAGAUCCGGGAGAUGAGUAGGGAUGAAGACUCAGCGGAAGGUCACGACAGUGACUGGACCGGCAAGGUCUUCUUUAACCACAAGUGCUUCUCGGGCCCCUACCUGAGCAAAGGCCGCAUCGCCGAGCUGCCCAAGGCCGUGGGGCCAGGCAUCGUGGUGCUGGUGCUUCGCGAGGUGCUGUCGCUGCUCAUCAACGCCGCCUACAAGCCGCCGCGGGUGCUGAAGGAGUUGGAGAUCGAGAGUGAGGAGACGGCAGGCAUGAACGGCCACCUGCAAGUCAUGAAGGCCAAGUACAAGGGCAAAAGUUAUCGCUCCCUGGUGGAGAUCUGCAAGUCCUCUGUUGAGAUGACCGAGUACCUGCGAACAACCUGCAUCAAGUUGGAGUGUUGUCCCAACCUGGUGUCUCUCAGGUGUGUCAAAGAUGACGAGGAGUGUCCCGACAACUGCACCAACCUGACCAAGACCAAAUACACUUACCAGUACGGCAAGAAGAGGAAAUUUCACCACAUCGGUCGGCCGCCGGGCCGCAAGAACCCGAUGAAGUCACUGCUGCCCCCAGUGCGCAAGGGGAACAAGCGGCGCAAGAAGCGCAGGCCCUUCGUCCACCGCAAGAGGCACAGCCUGUCCCAGGAAGACGGGGGACAAGACGGGAAUGGUGGAGAGGAGUUGGAGGACGAGGAGGAGACGGAAGAUGGGGGGAGACAGGAGAUGGGCAGAGGGGGCGGAGGAUUAGCAGCCAUCAAGAAGAACACCACAUCACAGACAGUGGCGCAUGCGUUGCUCCAGUCCGCCAAGAGAAAGAAGAUCCAUCCAGUGCCUCCAAGGCUGAUCCUGCCCCACAGAGAACGAGGCACCAAGCUCAAGACAUUCGCUGCAAUACUGACCUCCAACCGAUCACACAAGAAAGUGGAGAAGGAGAAGUCAUCAGUCGAAAACUCCACCGCCGACCACACCAAGGGGAAGACAAAAGCCUUUUUGACAGACAACAAGGCAGAUGACCGGCUGCAACUUGCUUCCAACCCGCUCAAAUGGACCACCAGCGAGGUGGUCAAAUUCAUCAACAAAACUGAUUGCGCACCGCUUGCCAGGAUCUUUGAAGAACAGGAAAUUGAUGGCCAGGCCCUGCUACUUCUCACUCUGCCCACUGUGCAGGAAUGCAUGGACCUCAAGUUGGGCCCCGCCAUUAAGCUGUGCCACCACAUCGAGAGGGUCAAGAUCGCUUUCUACGACCAGUUUGCCAAGUGACAUGAACCUGCGAGCUUGCCAGGCCAGUUUUGGAAAUCGAGGCUUUUAAGGGGGUUCCCCAAAACUUAGCUGCAUUUCCCCGCUCUCAACUUUAGGCCUUGAGUUCAUGAAUUUCCGUCCUCGAGCUAAGACCCCAUCUCUGUCGUGACAGAACUGUUGGGAAUGUCUUCUAUGUUUUCAUUUGGUUCCAACAGUGGACUUUUGAAAAUACUGCCGGGAGCCGUGGGUAAUGAUCAUAUUAACGAUGAGGAUUUUAUUUAAGUUACCAGAGGAUGCAAGGCACCUGCUAUCAUCCCUGCUCACCACACCAGCAACAAUCCUCUGUACACUCCUUGCAGGGAAGUGAGUAUACAGGUUGAUACUGUCAUUUCAGGAGCACAGGGCUAUAGAAUCAGGCACAACCAUCUCUGUCCUCACUGGUUUGCAUUUAUACUCCUGGAUGGAGAGGGGCAAGUGGGAGUGACUUGCCCGAGGUUGCAACAUGUUACCAGCAGCUGGAAUCGAACCCUGGACCCUACGUUUGUGGGUCACAGGCUCUAACCACUAGGCCACACGCCUCGCCAUGAGGCCCAAUUUGAAGCCAGGGCAUUUAGAUGAAGCCCAGAUUUGAUUUUUAAAAAAAGUCUCUAAACCAACCCCCGGUGUCCCUCACCCAACUCUAACUUUCCUGCCUCUUUUUUUUUUAACCUGGUGCUAAAUCAAAAUAACAUUUGCCCCUCCCAACUUUCUCCAGCCCUUACCUUCAAACCCCCCCACCCCCCAAAAAAUCACCAUGUUUAACUCCUUACUACUCUUUCUUGGUACAUGGAUAAAAGCAGAGUACCUAGUAGUUGCUGUUGAAGCUCAUCAUAUCCUGAGUGCACUGAACCUCACUGUUAUACAUCCACAAAAUAUCCUCCCUGUUGUGUGCACAUUAUUGACAAGAAAACUCCCUUCUUAAAGUAGGGAAUAAAGAUCUGUUCUUUCCCGCAAAGAAAAGGUAAAUAGACCUUGUAAGUAGUGCCAUAACAAUCAACACAUCAGAACUAGUCCGUAGGCAGUUGUGUAGUAUGACAGGUGUAUGGCAGGUGUACGUCGUUCAUUAGGAGUACAGAAUCACAAUGUUGGGUGGGAUCAUUGUCAUAUCUGGUGCUGCUGGGUGUACAGGUAGCCAGUGCUCCCGGGGGGGGGAUUUGGUGUUAUGUAAUUUUUCUAAGUGGGUGCUGAGGGGGCGUCGUAGGUCGUCUGGUUAAGCCUGUGUAAGAGCUAUGGAUACAUAUACCUUGACUUAACCUGGCAUUUUGGAAAAGUGACAUACAUUGUGUUUAAAAAACUCAACCUUUAAGGAAAUGUGAACGUGUGUAGGAUGAAAUCCUGUCAGAUGUUUUAAUUCUGAAUGAGCUGAGGAGAAUUUUGAAUAUUCUGUUUGCUUCAGUAAAUGUUGUAGUUAUUUGUGUCACUCUCCGAGAAAGAAAAGGGGGCUCUUUGGUAACAUUGUUGUAUUUUUGACAAGUUCAGUGCAAAUUUGAAUUCAUUUGUCGGUGCUUUGAAAUAUUUUUAAUGAAGCAGAUCAGCCACUUCUGCAAGAAAUAUGUGAAAGAAAUCAUAAGCAGUAGUUACCUUAGAAACCAAACUGAAACAGUGGCUCCUUCACACCAUUGGAUAGUUUUGGCAAUAGUUGUUGCAAAAGACGAAAGCACUGCAGCUUUAAUACGGUCCUUGAUAAGUCUUAUAUCAGUUGCUUGUCCCAUGUUGCUUUGACAGCUUCGACUUCUAUUUCAAGCACUUUUCUCAUGCAACAGGAACAAUUUUUAGAAGUUUGCUGCAUUCUGUGACAUAAACACAUCAGUUGGUUAGUUUCUUUCUCCCUUCUCGCAAAGAAAAUUGUAAAACAAGCUUUCCAUAAAAAUUUAUCAAAUCAUUCUUACAUGUCACAUUCGUUGUCAGACUUUUAUUGAAAGAUUGCCAUACAUAAAAUACUUGGCUCACAUUACACACCAGUAUGCAUAAUUGAUAUUGCACAAUGUGCGCAGAUCUCAUAAUAGUAUUGUUUAUUUUGAACUUAUUUACUCACCUGUAACAUAGAACUAUAUUGUUUUGAUAUAAUAAAUGUACAAAUUCUGGGUUUUUUCAAUGGUUGGAAAUAUUUUCCGUAUAUGAAAAUGUUCCAGACUAAGUGGGAAUAAAUAACGAUUUGCCCUGAGUUAGCAUAUUUUUACAGUUGUGUAAAAAAGGGCAAAAUGGUGAUUGUAAAGACAUUGAAAUGAAUAAACUGUGGAAAUUGCUACAUGUGUGCCCCGA